AUGGACUUCGAUCACCACCUCACGGAGCUUUCCGCUUCCUCGCCAUGCAUUCCCUCCGGCGAGGAUUUCCAUUUCUACUUCAAAUUGACCGAGUUCCGACGCCCGAUCGAAGAAAUAGCCCGGAGGACACAGUCGAUGCUCGAGAUAAUCGGUUCCGCGGAGAAUAUUUGGGGCAGAGGCUCGGUAUUUCCCGCUGACAUCGACGAUGCAUACGAGUGGCUUGUGAACGCGAACGAAGACGUUUUGGAGCUGGUUGAUGAGUUGGUGGAAGAGUUGCGGAGGAUUAAGAGGGAGAAGGGACAGGAUAUUGAAAACGAGUUGGAGGCAAAGACGAAAGUGCCGUUUCAUAUACCGACGAUUAGGAAGCCUCAGUAUGCGUACAAUAUUGUGGUUGAUAAUGCAAACAAGCCUUUUGAGCAUGUCUUGUUGGAGAAGAGUGAAGAUGGUCAGCGGUUUAUUCAUCCACUGGAGAAAUUAUCUGUUUUGGAUUUUGUUGAUAAAGAAAAUAUCGAGAAUCUUGUGCCAGUAAAGCCUCCCUCAGUAGAAUGCACCCCUUUCAAGCUUGUGGAGGAAGUCAAAGGAUUGAAGGAGUUGGCUACUAAGCUGUCUUCUUUGAAUGAAUUUGCGGUGGAUUUGGAGCAUAAUCAUUAUCGGUCUUUCCAAGGUUUGACUUGCUUGAUGCAAAUCUCAACCAGGACUGAAGAUUUUGUCAUAGACACUCUGAAGGUUCGUAAUCAUGUUGGGCCAUAUCUGAGAGAAGUCUUCAAGGACCCUACCAAGAAAAAGGUCAUGCAUGGAGCAGAUAGAGAUAUUGUGUGGCUGCAACGGGAUUUUGGCAUUUAUGUUUGUAAUAUGUUUGAUACUGGCCAGGCUUCUAGAGUGUUAAAGUUGGAGAGAUAUAGUCUGCAAUAUCUUUUGCAACACUACUGUGGGGUUACUGCAAACAAGGAGUAUGCUGUCUUCACUUUUUGGACUUAUCUGCUGCUUCAAGUAUACCAGAAUGCAGAUUGGAGAUUACGCCCUCUUCCCGAUGUGAUGCUGAGUGUGGUAAGAUUUAUUUGUGGUCACAUAAGAAAGGACGAUAUAUGGAAUGAUCGUUAUAUCAGGAUUGAGGAGAUAUUGGCAUGUGGUUUGGACACGUACAAAGAAGGCCAUUGGAGGCUCCAACGAGGAGAGAAAGGAGUGGAAGGAGCUGCCACGAGGGUGUAUUUGGAAGUUCUUGGACAGAGUUAUUCCUGCACGAAUUCCGAUCUCAAAUAUGGCAGAGAGGAUACCCACUAUCUCCUUUAUAUACAUGAUGUAAUGAGGAUCAAGUUGUUUACAUUGUCUAAGGAGUCUGAAGGUUGUCAUAAUUCUCUACUGGAGGUUUACAAGCGCAGUUAUGAUGUAUGCAUGCAGCUAUAUGAGAAGGACCUGCUGACAGAAACAUCGUACCUUCACAUAUAUGGGUUGCGAGGGGCUGGUUUUAAUGCUCAGCAGCUUGCAGUUGUUUCAGCGCUCUGUGAAUGGCGUGAUGGUCUUGCACGUGCAGACGAUGAGGGGCCUGGCUAUGUAUUGCCAAAUAAAAUUAUUCUUGAAAUCGCUAAGCAGAUGCCUGUCAUUAUAAGCAAUUUAAGGCGAAUAGUAGGAAGGUCAAAGCUCCCGUAUGUUGAACGAAGCCUUGAUGUCAUUGUCAACAUUGUUAGACAUUCUAUGCAAAAUGCUUCUUCCUUUGAAGAGGCUGCACUACGUUUGAAAGAAGAACAUGCAGCAAGUUUGUCAAAUGUAGUACCGGUUAAGGAUGGAUCUGAAGUACCUCAGACGCUAAACUUAAAGGUUGGAUGUGCAGCAACAGGAAGCAUUGGAAUUGAAAAUGACAUCUGUGAUGAUCUCUCAGAGAAUUGUUUAUUUUCUUCUGACUUGGAGGAGUGUCUCACUUCAGAUUUCCCAAGGGCCAGUCCCACUAUUCCAGAGAAUAAUCAAGAUGCUGCAGACGUUAUUGCACUCUCUACAGGGAAGGGCAAUGGAGAGGUGCUAAAACUGCCUACUGGUUCUGUUGAUGCGCCACUGCUGGGCAACUCUACUUCAAAAUGGAAGCCCAAUCCUAUUAAAGAGGUCAAGGAGGAGGUUGAGCUAGGACAAAUUAAAUCGUCGGACAAUGUUCCAUCCCUCUUAGUUUUGGACUAUAGUGAGAAGGCAAAACUAGUUGUAGGAACUCCAAGUGUAGCAUCGGAAACAUCAGACCUACAGGAGAAACCUGCUUCAGGUUCAGGUUCAGGUUCUACCUCCACCAACCACUGUUGGGAUUGUAACGAUAAUCUCUGA